UUGUCUAAGAGCACCCAGUUUCCUGCCCGUGGGGCCGACCGUCAGCGUGGCAAAGCAGGAGUGCAAUGCAGCGGGGCGCAACUUCGCUCCUCUCUGGUUCGUACUCGCUCUCCGGCUUUAUUGAAGGAAGCAGUUGGGUGUUUUACUAGGAGCAUGUCCUUCUCUUCAAUGGCGUCUUCUCUGGCAACAGCAGCUUACGCCUCGGCCACUGCAUCUCUCACCAAACCCUCGCCUUUCGGUCUUCAGGGCCAUCACCAUGAUUCCUUCUCUAGGCUUUCAUUCCCUCUCUCUCCUAAGCCCAAACUCCGCUUCGGCUCCAAGGGCUUGCGAUCUAGUCGGAGCCAUUCCACCCUUUUGAGAGCUGAAUUGAAUGAGGUUGCCGUUGAUGGAUCCUCAAGUUCUGCAGCUGAUCCUGCUAAAUCAGAAGUGUCACAACUUCAAGCAAAAGAUGGUAAGCCCUCAAAUGUGCCAAUUCCUGCAGCUUCGGCAUCAGAAGAGUCAAUCGCUGAGUUUUUUACUCAAGUUGCAGGCCUUGUCAAGCUUGUUGAUUCAAAAGAUAUUGUGGAGCUGCAAAUGAAACAACUCGAUUGUGAACUAUUGAUCCGCAAAAAGGAAGCCUUGCCUCAACCACUUUCUCCUGCUCCAGGUUUUAUGCAUGCGCCCCAACCAGCAGAAUUGCCACCAGCUUUCCAAAUGGCACCAGCUGCUGCUGCCCGAGCAAGUUCUGCCCAAGCUUCUUCAGCCCCAACCUCGGUAGCUUCUUCUACUCCUCCUGUAAAGUCAGUCAAGUCCUCACUUCCACCUCUUAAAUGCCCCAUGGCCGGGACAUUCUAUCGCAGUCCAGCACCUGGUGAACCUCCAUUUGUGAAGGUUGGAGACAAAGUACAGAAGGGACAGGUCAUGUGCAUUGUUGAGGCCAUGAAACUGAUGAAUGAAAUAGAAGCUGAUAAAUCAGGAACAGUAGUCGAAAUCCUUGCAGAGGACGGCAAGUCUGUUAGCAUCGAUACUCCUUUGUUUGUUAUCCAACCUUAAGAGCUCAAGUGCUACACGCACAAGUAAAUGGAUUUAGUGGAGAUUAGGAGGUCAAUGUUUUGCUUGGUAUUGCUGUUUGAUGCAGCAUUAUUUUGGUUGCGGCAUAGGAUGUUUUGCUUGGAACGAGAUGCAAGGUAGAAAUAUUUAUGAAUUUUUUAUUUUUUAUUUUUUUUUGUUUCCCAUUUUUCCUUAUUGCAAGUUUUGUUUCCACAGUUGAGAAUUUGUCUAUCCAUUUCUGGAUAAUGCCAGGUGGUUGAAUAAGUUUUGAACUUUCUUUGUAUGAAACUAUGAAUAAUGGUGAGAUAAUUGUUGGUAGAUAUGCAUAAUUAGAUCCAAUAAAGGGAAAGUAUGCAACUCGUGUUGAAAAAACCCUUCA